AUGAUGAAAAAGAAGAAAGGGAAAAAAGGAAGCAGCGAUGUUGUGAAGGAGCGUAAUCCAGUGGGCGAUCUAGCAAAGGAGGAUAACAAUGGAUACGCCGCCACGGGGGAAAUAUCCCCGAUUGGGGAUAUCCCCAAAAGGGCAACCAACAAGAUCAGUGUGGAAGGGGAUGGCCCCGCCGGAAGGAUAAUAACCCCUCCCAAUGGGGAAUCCAUUUCGGAGGUGGAUCAGCAGAUCCUAGGGGAAAACCCAGAAUACUACAAAUACUACGAAGAAACAUUGCGGGGGGAAGAGGAAGAAGAAAUGAGUGACAUAUCGACAGACGAAAUGUUAAGCGGGAUGGAAAGUGACACAGACAUGUCCGAACAAGUGGAACAGUUUACCUCAGAAGGAAAACACCUAUAUAAGCAUUUCUAUAAUGAGGAGAUUACUGCCCUGUCGGAGGAGAUACAAGAGAAGGAAAAGAUGCUAGAACAAAUUAACAAGACAGUAUGGAAGUUAAAAAAUAGAUUCCUAAAAUUGGAAAAACACAUAAACAACAAAAAGAAGGAAGUAACGAGGAAGAAGAAAAUAGUGGAGGAAAAGAAAAAAAUCGAAGAAGAAGAAAAUGGAGUGUGUGUAAAUAUCCAAGCGAAAAAUCAGUUUCUGAUAAAGCAGAAUGAACAGCUAAAAUGUGAGAGAGAGAGAAACAAUGAAAAGAUUAUAAAAACGCAGAACGACCUUAUGCAGUGUGAAAACAGAAUAGAAGAAAUGAAGGAAAAACUAAUCGACAAGGAAAAAGAACUAAACGAAUGGACCGCCCAAAUAGAUAAGCUGCAAAAGGAAGAAUUCGAAGUGGAGAAGUUCGCCCUCAGUCAAGACAAAGAAAUUGAAAAUAUGACGUACAAAUUGGAGAAGCUAAAUUUGGAAAAAGUAGAACAAGAAAAAAAAGUCAACAAGAUGAAGACGAAAAAUAUGCAGCUACAUAUGGAGUUGCAAGAAAGUAUAAAGGAAAAUGAAAAAAUGGAGGAGGAAAAAAAAAAACUUCGAACAAAGUGGAAAUGUAUUGUGGACACUAUAAAUAAUAGGGACCAGACGAUUUUCAAAUUUGAAGAGGAGUUCACUAAAUAUACAAAAAAAAGAGAAAAACUGACGCAUAAAUGUAGGGCGAUAAAUGAACACAUCGAAAUGCAGAAGGGAAAAAACCACCUACUAAGUGACCAACUAAAAAGGGAAGAAACCAACUUAAACAGAAUAAAGAAAGAACAAAGCAAAGUUCAAGAAGAACUGAAGAAGGCACAUGAUGAAAGGGAUAUUUUGCUCAAAGAUUUGGAGUGCGAAAAAAUCACAGCCAGGGAAAAACUAGAAGAAAAAAAUAACCUCCAAGUUAGUUUAACCGAUUUGGGAAAGACACUCCAUAAGCUAGUCCGGUCAUUUGAAGAAUCCAAAAGGGAGUACACAAAAGAGGAACUAAACAAUGUAGAGAAGAACCAACUCAUCAAGUCAAGCGAGCAGAUACUAAUCGAACAGAAUGGGAAGCUAACAAAGCUGAAUGCAAAAAUAAAAAUGUUGGAUGAAGAAAAAUUUAAAUUGCAGGAACAUUUACAGAGAAGCAAAAACGAAUACACAGUACUGGAAGCAGAUAUGGUUGGCACACAAAUAAAAAUUAAGCAAAUGAAAAGUAACAUAAAAAAAAUGGAACAAGAAUUGGAAAGGCAGAAGGAGAUCCUCUACAAGUUUGACUUCCAAACACAGGUGCUAACGAAGAAACUUAAUGUAGCCUCCGGGAUUAGCACCUUUGAAAAAAAAAAAAAAUGUCAAAAAAAAAUAGACACUCUGGAGAAGGAGUUCACCAGGUAUGAAGAAAUAUACACCACCCUUAACAACGAAAUGAAGCGGAUCAAUGUGGAGCUGAAAAAUAUAAAAAGUCAGCAGAUGUGCAUGAAGGAAGAGAAGGGAAACAUUUUGCACGACACAGAAAAACUGGAGCUAGAAAUUAAAUCCCUAGAAAGCACCGUGCUUGCGCAAAAUAAAGAAAAAGAAAAUGUCAUGCUCAUCGAAAUGAACCUAAAAAUCGAGUUGGACAAAAUGAAGGAAAUUUUUUCCAACAAUUUAGAUAGCUUAAAUGUUUUGAAAAAGGAGAAGAAAAAAAAUGUCCAAAGUGAAAAGCUAAACGAACAAGACUUGAAUGCACAUGUGGACUCGCUCAAAGUGAUCAUAAAAAAUAUGAACGACGAAUUGCAUAAGCUAAAUCUGCAAGUACACGAUAAAAAGAGUAGGUGCAACAAUUUGGAGCUGAAGUUGGACGCUAUAAACGUCCGCAACGGGGAGGAGGAGCAGCACCAGCAGGACGAGGGUAGUAGCCAACCAGACCAACCCAACCCUCAAGACAACAAACACAUUCUCUACAAAAUAAAAAUAGAAGAAGACAUUUCCAAGCUGAAGCAGGAGAUAGAGACUCUAGACGAACAUAUUGAAAAAGAAAACCAACAAGUGGACCAGUUCCAGAAGACGCUAAACGAGAUCAUUCAGACGAACAAAACCUUCAGCGAUAACAUAAAAUGCCUCAACCCCGAGUAUAAGGAACUUUUAAAAAAAAAAAACAAAUUAAAUAAAAAGUGCAACCAAAUUAAGGAGGACAUCGCAUCUAUAGAGAAGGACAUAAGUGAGUACAAAAAAAAAAUCAACGGCGUCGAAAAAGAGCUGAAUUAUGUACUCACCGAUGUUAGAAGUGUAGAAGAUAAAGUCACCGCUUUGCAGGAAAAUAGCCGUAAAAUGGAAGGAAUCAUCAAUGACAUAUUUAUCAAAAUUGAAAGGGCCUCCAAUCAGCUGCGUGGCAUCGUCGGUGCGAAGAGGAAGCCGAUGAACAGUCAGUUGGACUCGGCCCUGAGCGACGACGAGGGGGAGGAUGCCCCAGGUGGGGGAAGCGCAGAUCACCGUGCCGAGCAAGUCCCACUGGAAAAGAGAGUCUUCAAGCAAAUACAAAUGGAGUCCCUAAAGGAGAAGCUUGCCCUCCUCUAUGAAUGCUUCAAAAGUCACGGUGAUAACGCAGUCGUUCGGGAGAUUUACCAAGCUAUAGAGGCCUCCGAAUGA